AAACAUCUCUUUGUUCUCGGAGUGAGUGCUGUCGUCGUGCGCGGCCGCUAAGCAGUGUACUUAACGGAGAGAUCUUAAAGAAAACGCGUUGGAGAUGCCUUACCGCGAAAGACAACGUCGCGACUCUGCCUAGAGCCACGCUGGUCCUCACAACAACGUGAGGUGGUCGGGGCCAGAGAAGCGAAAAAACUUCUCGCGACUCGGGAACAGAAGCCCUGAAAGCAAGCGACGUCUUCGGCACUCCAACAAGGAACGACCUUCACCCAGCCCGAGGAUAACACUCUAUGCGCGCUAAACUCGGAUCAUGGGCGAGCAGGAACUCGAAGAAGUGGCCGUGGGCACGCGCGUCUCCUGUGACGGUCACUACGGCGUGGUGCGCUACUGCGGAGCCGUGGUAGACACCAAGGGCACAUGGCUGGGCAUUGAGUGGGAUGACCCUUACCGUGGCAAGCACAAUGGCUGCCACAAGGGUGUCCAGUACUUCCACACGAGGUCCGAGACGGGUGGGUCGUUCAUUCGCCCGCAGAAGGUGGAGAGGACGCUGAGCGUUGCAGACGCUGUGCGCGAUAAGUACUUCUCGACCCUAUCCGACCUCGAGGCGCCCUGCCUGAGCGAAGACAAGGAUGUGCUACUCCUGCAGUUAACGCCGAAUCGGACGGUUCAGUUUGUCGGCCCCGAAAAGAUCACCGCCAUACUCAGUCGUGGCGAGACGAUCCGCGAGGCGGCCCUGGCGAGCAUGCCCAUCGACCGGCCUGGCAAUGACGGUGAGCUGGCGAGCCUGGUGCCAAAGUUGCAGUGCCUGGUGCUCACGCACACCCUGCUGUCGUCGUGGGAACAGGUGGCACAAAUCACCCGUCAGCUACCGCACCUGUCGGCGCUGCACCUCAGCAAGAAUGUACUGGAAAUACCAAAGGAUCCUGCAGCGCUUCGAGACAGCUUCCGGUCUAUUCGGCAGAUGGUCCUUCGAGGUGUAGGCUACAGCUGGGACCAGGCCCUGCAAUGUGCAGAGAUGUGGCCCUGGGUCGAGGACCUAGUUCUCUCGCUGAACGGUAUCAGCGUUCUACGGCAGCCACCCGACACGCUGUUUCAGCAGCUCGAAUGCCUGUCCCUGCAGGACAACCCUAUCUCCUCGUGGGAGACUGUCUGCCACCUGGGACAUUUGCCAAGGUUAAAAAGCCUAUCGCUGGCUGACUGUGAUUUGACAAGCGUCUCGUUCCCGGAGACACCCCCGGGUCAGAAGACCCCGUUGUUUGCUCAUCUGGUGACACUGAACCUUCACAACAACCGUCUUGAAGAGUGGGUCAGCAUAGCGGAGCUGAACAAGCUGUCCUCUCUGGAGGAUCUGGUUGUGAAGGGGAACCCCGUGACGGUCCGUGAGAAGAGGCACAUCACGCGCUGCCUCAUAGUGUCUCACCUGGGAAAGCUGCAGCUCCUCGACCGGAUGGCGGUCACGAGAGACGAAAGGCGUGAAGCUGGCAUCUUCUACGUAAACCGGUUCUUUCCGCUGUGGGUCCAGUGUGGUGGAACAGCAGAAGGGGGAACACCUUCUCCGGAGUUCAUCCGUGAACAUCCCAGGUUCCUCAGCCUUCUGAAAACCUAUGGAGCACCAGAAACGGUGCCAGAUGGCAAGAUGCCGUCGUUAAAUAAGAAAGUCAUCACUGUUGAAAUUCAUGCUCCACAAGAACCUGACCGGGGACCGAUAAGGAAGCGCCUACCAUCGUCCAUGUCGGUGGAGAAGUUGAAAGCCCUGGUGACGCAGCUGUUCCCCCGGAAAGGAAGCCGCUUCUGCCUUUCGCUCGCAAGUGAAGAGGAAGGAAAGGAGUCUGUGCUAGACAAGGAGCGCCGCAACCUCAGCUUCUACAACAUCACCGAUGGCAGUCGCAUUUACGUGCGUUGGUAGGGCACUCCGUUCACCGAGUGUGAAACGUUUUGAGCAAGGUGCCGUGACAGCUAAAAGGAGUAAACUCCCCUGCCGUGCUCGUGCCACGUCAUCUAGAUGAGCAUGCAUUCGUCUCAACGCUGCCAGCGUAUCGCAUUCGACGCGGCAGAGUGGUCUGCCAUCGUGUUGUAAGCCAUGAAGUCCAGUGCUUGUCCGGACGUCAUCUGCCAUUUUAUCUUGCUGCAGCACUGCAGCCAAAACAAUUGCUGUGUCUGUAUGUGUGUAGCAUUGCGAGAGAUUUCAGAAUAGGACAAAAGAUCUCGUAACCCAUCUUGCUUUUUGUUUAAUCCUCCGCUUAUUUGGUUUUGUAGUACCGUAUUUACUCGCCUAAUGAACCCACUCCCAUAAUGAACCAACCCCCCACUUUGGUCCAAAAAAAAAAAAAUGUAUAUUUUUUAAUGCAUGUAUCUGUUUAUUUUAUUUCGGUGUGAUUGCCAGUGCCGCCGAUGAUCGAAACAACGUUAAAUCACGCCGUUAUAUAUCAAAACAACGACGCAAGAAGUGUCGGAACACAGUUUAACAACCAUGCUACUAAACAGUUGCCAGCAGCGCGAGCACGAAUGACGAGAGUCAAAAUUCGAAAGUUGCGCCUUUUCGUGGCACAGCGCGAUCUGUCGAAUUCAAAAGAAGCCUCCUUGCUUAUAGCGUGGCCUCCGAAAUUGCGCACCAGCUGGAUUUUCUAGAGAAACCUGUUGGCGCGCUAUCUCGGAGGCCAUGCUUAUAGCGCCACGCAAGCACAGCGGCAUGCAAACAAAGCAAAAAACAAAGCACAAUGGCACCGACCGUGCAACGUGCACCCGCAACGUGCGUGCGCCACCAUCCAUCGCUGCUUCUUUGUUGUUGGGAUUCUCGAUCAUGGUGAACUUUGUUGGACACCUGCUGCGUAGGGUACGAUAGGCUGGUACGCUAGCUACACGGCCAGUUUUAAACUUAAGGUAGUCAAACAUGCGCUGGAGCAUAGAAAUCGUGCGACUGGACGACACUUCAGCGUCAAUCCAGUGCGUGUACGUAACUGGAGAAAACGAGAGGAAGAGCUUCGGGCUUCAAGAAAGAAUCAUCGCGCAUUUAACGAGCCAAAGCAAGGAAAGUUUCCUCUUGUGGAGAGCGAAGUUCUCGAAUAUGUAGAGGUUUCAUAGUGAGCGAUGUGCAGUAUCCCACAAAAGGAUUUAAACCCACGUGCGGGCCACGGUGAGAAAUCAAGGCAUUCCUGCCACUGACUUCAAGGCCAGCAGCGGCUGGACAGCGAGUUUCUUAACACCGUCCUGUGAAAUUUCAGCUAACUCCCGCAAUCUUUUUCUCCCGCGUAAUGAACCCUCCCCCCAAACUGGCGCCAACCUUUCCGAGUAAACAUGCGAGUAAAUGCGGUAUUUGUUUCAUGCUCACACCUUCUGUGAAGGUAUGCAGCGCCUCCAUUUGGCAGUGUAUCAGUACUGCGCAUCUACUUCUUGUCAUAUUAUAUAAAGUUUAUGUAAUGGCUUCCAAUAAAGAAGCGUACCGAAAGUGGAAAAGUGUGUGGGCUACCCUCUCUUGCAUAGGCGGAGAGUACGGGGGGGCUGGGGGGCUUGGGCCCCCCCGGACUGCCUCAUGAGGGGGCAGAGACCCCCUGGCGCCGGCCCAGGGUAUUUUUUAAGAGCUUGGCUUAGGUCCCCAGGUCGUGCUGUCUCGCAGCUAUUUCACAGGAGGCUGUUUAUGCCUGCUUCUUUUUCAUUUCAGCCAUUUAAAGUUCGGCACAUGGGCCAGUGACAAGUCAAACAUUCAAUGGAGAAAUGCCCCUCAAACGGAUUUUUACGUGCAGAAUAUGUUGUGCUGAUGAACAACUGAAGCGACGACUUAAGCUAUGACAAAUUAAAAAAAAUCACAGCAUAUCCAUGUGGUGAAUGAUGAUGAGUGGGGCGAAGCGAACUCGCGCUGCAGCACGGCGAUGGCAUUGGCGCGAGCGUGGUUCUUCUUGCUCGGCUGAACUUGGUGGUUAGUGCCUACUACUGUUUAAUGCAUAGUUAUGCCGUGUUCACGGCAGGUACGUCUUAACGAGGUUAACGCAUGCAGCCGGAAAUAUUCCCUCUAUCCACAUGAAAAAUACUCACCUUAGCUCAUUGCAGGAGAACACACGCAGCAGCGUCGACGUCAAAACUGUAGCUAGCAGAGGAACAGCCUAUGCACCAUAAAGAAACUGAGAGUGAACGACCCCGCUAUGCGCUACGUAUGCCACUCGAUAGUUUUCGCUACGCGACAGUUGACAGUAGCGCCAGUACACUCAGCCUACCGAGAAGCAGCAAGCUAGCAGAGCGGCAGCGCAUUUUGGGGGAGGGGUCACACAUAUUUACAACCGCUCAGAGGUGAUUAUCACAGCACUAUGAAACCCUCCAUUACAAAGGCGCGUAGGAGGACACGCUUGGGCACGUUAAAGUGUUCUGCGAACGUAUCCUUGGCGCUGCUUCUAAAGUUACAUUUUCCCAUGCUUAAACUGACGCGGGCUUGAAAAUUCUUACUUGUGAGGCCGUUUCGGCGCAGUUCUGCGCAAUUUUUGGAAUUUCAUUGGAGCAGCUUGGCCCAGAAAAACGGAAUCGUACAAAAAAUGCGCAAUAUGCGUAGCUGUCUCACCCCUGACCAUGUCAGAUUGACAAAACACUGCACGAACUUCAAACCUCCAUUAUGCCGUCACCAUCAUUUAUCAGCUGGCCCACUUCUCAGUCUUCUUGAGACGUGCUACUAUAAUGUACGAGGGCUAAUUGGUCAGCUGCAUGCCUCUAGCAAACAGUCAAAAAGGGGUGUUGCAUUUGUCAUCUCCGCCAGGAGAGGUGCUGGCUAAGAUGCCUGGCGUUAGAUCUUGUGGUAGCGCAUGUAAUGUGGAGUCAACUUCUUGUUUUCAUUCACUUCUGCUUCGCUUUUCCUUAUUAGUUCCGCACUCUAGCUGAACAACUAAUAAUGUCUCCCAUGUUUUUAUUGGCUCCAUAUGGGUGUUUCUUGCUGACAAAGUCGCGCCUCUUUGUGUCCUCUUCAUAUGUAUCUAUGCAGGCCUUUGUGAAAUGCAAUUUCAAGGUACACGGAGGGCAAAAAGCCCGCAAUAUUUUAAUAGGUGGCUGAACAAUGGGACUUGGGAGGUGCUCACAGUACUUUCAAAUUGUAGCCUGUAUGAAGCUGUGACACUAGUAAUUAAGGUGUGAUGUGUUUUAUGCAGAAUAAUAUAUUUGACUGCUCUGGAGUUCCAUAUAGGCCUUGUUAUCCUGUAAUUUGUGCACACUGUCGGAUUCACCAGAUUUCUGCAGAAACAUAAAGUGGAUGUUUGUAGUGGCAACUUCGUUACACUCGUAAAGUUGCUUAAUGGUUGGCUCUUUAGCUGGAUUGAAUCAAUACUCUUCACAGCCCUUCGUGCAAAUAUUCCUUUGCAAGUCGUUUCAAAUACCAUUUACUUUUACAGUGUUCCCUUAACCUCGAGCGAGAACAUGUAGUUUAUGGUGUGCGGUGAAAUGUCAGUGCGCAUGGUCAAGUUUUAUUGACUGCCAAGCAAAGCACAUCCUUGUGCUGUGCCAUUUUCAAGUGCAGUGUUGCCUGAGCAGCUUGUAGAUGGAACUAGCUGUUGCCGUGGCAACAUUAGUUUCGAAGUGUAGCGUGUAUGUGCUCCCGUACUUGUGUUACAUCUAGCAGACCAGACUACCACGUGCGCAUUGCACAAACUUGGCAUGCGCAGCUGUGGCCACAAGUGAAGACGUGAUGAAAUUCUUGCGUUUAGAAUAAUCAAGCCCAGCCGUCAACCAAGGCAUGGGUGUCGGGGAGAGUCUAUUUGCACAACAGCUCGGUUUCACGCGAGCUAAGCAGAAAAAUUCAUAUGUGACGCCAUACCACCGCCGUGCACUUUGAACAAAAGGCAAUGUUCUACCUGGUGUUGCAUAACUACAGCUAUUUUGCCAGUUUCAGUGGUUGGCCUGUUUCACCAGGAGGCCAGUAGCAUAAGCCAUGCCGUUACGCGGUUCAUUUGUGAUGCAAAUAUACUCUCCUCAGGCGUCGCGUAAUGUGAAACAGUUUAGAACGGCACAUGUCAUAGCCAUGUGAAUCGCCAUGUUUCAUUUCAACAGACGUUUCGCCUUGUCAGAAACAAGAACGCACAUGUAAUUUUUAUCAAAACACACGCUCGUUACUUGCAAGUUGUAGCAGACAUUGAUAGUUUAUGGCUUGUUGCCACCUUUAGUGAAUAUUUUUGAUGCUCUUUAGUGAUAGUUAGUUUGCGAUGGAGGAGGGUGUGUAUAGUGUGCUAAGCGUGCGAGGCAAGCUGCCUGAUGCAUUAGACUACUCGCCAGUAGCCAAUCAGCCGAGGGAAAUACGUAGGUGUCUGCUCUCUGAACCUUUAUCUUUCUUUACACGUAUAAAGCACAAAAUCUAGCCACAAAUUAUUUUGUCGCAAGUGUAAGUGAACCUAAUGAAUUUGCACGGAAGUCCUCCAGGACUACUGUAAAUAAUUGAAAUAAACGCUACAUUCGUAUCGAACGUCUCCCGUCUUCGGACAAGCAGCCUUUUCCGAUCUAUUAAUAUUCUUGAUAAUGUGUUGUACAGCGUAUUUUUUUGUCGAUGUUCUGCCAAGACUAUGUUUGUGUUCUUCCAAGUGAUAACAUGAUUGUUUGAAUUCUCAGUGACAAUAAACUCACACACAGUGUG